UGUAGAGAUAUGUAGAGAGGGAGAAGGGGACAGGUUGCUAGCUAGCUAGCUUGGAGAAUAACGAUUACAGAAACGGGGGCAUGUUGCACAGGGGCGGCUUUAUUUCAUAAAACCCCAUAUUGGAUACCUGUUUUUCGCGAAGAGGCCUGGACCGGUCGUUUUUAACUUAACAAUCUGACAUUUUUGCUUUGAUUGUAGCUAACCAUCGCGCCACCACAAUACAACAGCGCCAGCCGGAGCCCGUCUCCUAAACAAGAAUGGGGUCUAGGUCCACAGCACUGCUUAGGUAAAGUGACCUUUGGUUGUGUUAUAUAAAUGGCCAAUUUUAUGAAUUACCAAGAAAACAAAGCCGCUAUGUUGUUGGUGGAGACGCAACAGAGGGGCAUCGGGACGACACCAACGGCUACGGCAGCCAACGGCUACACCUCAAAUGGGGAACCCCCUUCCCCGUUAUUGAAUAUCUGUGGUGGCAGUGGAGCUCGUUUUCAUCAGCAAUUGCCGCCCUCCAACCACCACAGCCACCAUCACUAUCCCCAGAGCUCGCUGCCCAAAGAACAACGCCCGCUGUUGCACCACUAUCAGGCGGCGACACAGCAACAGCAGCAUACUCUCUCUGGUGAAAACAUCCCUGGGUCCCCGGUAAGGAAAGCCUCGUUGUCGUCUUUGAACCUGGUACAUGAGGACCCCUCUGCUAGCCACCACGCACUCGCUGCAUCGGUGAACGCGGCGUCGGCUGCGAUUCAAUUGGCUGCGAAUGCUAACGUUAGCGUCGCUGCCUCAGGGGUCGUCAUGGACGACAUUCGGAAGUGUGGCUACCUACGGAAACAGAAGCACGGACACAAGAGGUUUUUCGUUCUGAGGGUGGCGAGCCACCUAGGCCUCAGCCGGCUGGAGUACUAUGACAGCGAUAAAAAAUUCCGCAGUAGCCUCCGGUCUUCAGCAGCAGCCCCGAAACGGGUGAUCUAUCUGUAUCAGUGCUUCACCGUCAACAAAAGAGCAGAUUCCAAGAACAAACACCUCAUAGCCCUCUACACUAAGGAUGAGUACUUUGCCAUUGUGGCUGAAAACGAGCAGGAGCAAGAGGACUGGUAUGUAGCCCUGAGUGAACUGAUGAGUGAGGGGAAAAAGGGGCAUCUAGACUCUGACGAGUUGGAUGAUGGCUAUGGUACAGUCACACCAGGUACAGUUUUCAAAGAGGUGUGGCAGGUGAACGUGAAACCCAAAGGGCUGGGUCAGACCAAGAACCUCACAGGUGUGUAUCGUUUAUGUCUCUCUUCUAAAACGAUCCAUCUGGUCAAACUAAACUCUGAGACACCGUAUGUUAACCUCCAGCUAAUGAACAUCAGACGAUGUGGACACUCAGAAAGCUUCUUCUUCAUCGAGGUGGGUCGGUCGUCCUCCAUAGGACCAGGGGAGAUAUGGAUGCAGGUAGAUGACUCUGUAGUGGCUCAGAACAUGCACGAGACCAUCUUAGAGACCAUGAAGGCUCUGAAGGCCUUCGCAGAGAUCCGCCCCAGGAGUAAAAGCCAAUCAUCGGGCUCCAACCCCAUGCCGUUCAUCACCACUCGCCGUCACUUAGGCAACCUGCCGCCGAGCCAGACGGGUCUCCAGCGCCGCUCCCGGACCGAGUCGGCGGUCGGUACGCCACCAUCGAGUAAGAGCUCCGGUGCCAGUGGCUACCGCUUCAGGACGUCGAGUGAAGGUGAAGGGACGAUGAACCGGCCAUUCCGGUCUGUUACCGGCAGCCUGAUCCACCUGAACACCGCCCGGAUACACCUAGGGCGCCAGGAGGGUGGGGGAGGGGCAGGGAACACUGGGGGAGGAGGGCGCUACGUCAGGGCGCUACCGGGCUCCAACUGCCACACCCGCUCCGCCUCGCUCCCCGUCUCCCACUUCUCCUCCACCACCUCCCCCGUCAGCGUGUCCAGCAGCAGCGGUCACGGCUCAGUCUCUGACACCCUCACCCGGCCCUCCAGCUCGUCCAUAUGCGGCUCCCCCUCUGACGGAGGCUUCAACUCCUCAGACGAGUACGGCUCAAGCCCCGGAGACUUUCGCUACUUCCGAGUCCGUAGCAACACACCCGAUUCGCUGGGCAACACCCCACCAAUCAGAGAAGAGAACUGCCUGAGUGACUACAUGGCCAUGGGCUGGCACCGCGAGGUGUUUGGAGCGGGCGGCGUGAGUAGUUCUGGGGGCGCUGAGGCCCCCCACCGGGACGAGAGCACGUCGACGGACGAAGACCGGUCUCUGAGGCGGCGGACACACUCGUUCACGCGGCCCGGGAGUCAGGGUGGUGUUGCCGGCGGUAGCAGCGGCGUGGCGGUGUACCAAAAGAUGACCCAGACCACCACCUCACAGGACGAGUUGGUGUCUGUGGAAGAGGCUCUGUCUCUGGGCCGCAGCAGCAACCAGCCUUCCUCCCCCUCUUCCUCCCUCCGCUCUGACUACAGCUCCUGCUCCGAGCACAGCCAGGGCAGACCCCCUCCUCUCUCCUCCUACCCAUCCUCCUCGGCCAAGGAAGACAGUGGCUAUAUGCCCAUGUUGUGUGGGGUGGCAGCCUCACCCCGUGACACCCCGGAUUACAUGCCUAUGCAAUCUAGCUCCCAUUCUCAUCCCCAUCACCACUCUCUCUCACACCCUCCCCAUCCUCAGCCCUCCCACUCCCCCCAGGCCUCUAGCCCAGCACUGGCCCCACGCUCGGCCCACCAGCUCCAACCCCACCAGCCUACGGACCCCCAGGGCUACAUGAUGAUGCUACCAGGGGGACCGAGCUCCUCUUCCCCAGUCCAGGCCUCCCCAAGUCCCCACAGCAGUAGCAGUAACAUGGGUCUGGGUGUCGGUAGUUCUGGUAGUAUAGUAGAGCGGCCUGAGACUGGAGAGUACAUGGACAUGUCGUACAGCAGUGGAAGAGGAGGGAACGCGACAGGAGGACGGAAGCUCUCCAACGAGGGUGGGUACUACACACUGAGCAACCCUGAGGGUACCCCUAAAUCAUACAGUCCCUACUUCUCCCUGCCUCGCUCCUACAAGGCCCCCGUCGCCAGAGAUGGUGAACAGAGAAAAUGGGAGCAUGAGGAAUACGUGCCUAUGAGCUCCCCCGCUAAACCCGUCUACUCCCAAGUCACUGGCGUUACGACAAAGGGUUUCAGUAGUGGGGGGUCAGACACCCCUCACGCCCACCACCCCCCGCCCUACGGGGCCCACCACCAAGCAGCUCGCGGUGACCGGCGAACGACUGCGGUUCGGCCCAACCGCCUCCCCCUGGGCCGCCACAGCUUCCACGGGUCGCUGAGGGUUAGUGAGCCAGCUGCUGCCCAGGGACCCUCCAGCCCUGGCGAGUACAUCAACAUCGAGUUUGGGGAUCCCUACGGACCCCCCACAUCCUGCCCUCUCGCUGACCAGUACGUCUCACCCUCGAUGGGCUCCGUCGAGCAGCGUCACUCCCCUCCCCAGAACCAGGACUAUAUGAGUGUAGAGGGUGGGGGUGAUGAUGGUUGCCGCCUGACUAAGAACCAGUCCCCCAGACCCUCUCUGGUGGCCCCAUGGAACCCACCCAGCUACAUUCGACCCCUGACCGCCAAUUCCUCCCUGAGCGGAGCUCCUGGAUCUUCUGGCGCUCACUGGCGGACGGGAACAGAUGACUACACAGAUAUGACCUUUAACCUUAGCAAGGGUGAGGGGUCGCGGGGGACACAGAGUAGCCCCACAGCCAUGCUGCAGCACCUGUGUGUGAUGGAGGGCAGGUACCCCCCUACCUUACUCCCCCACCCCAUCACUCCUCCCUCAUCCUCCAGCCCCCAGCCUGAGCCCCCCAAAGUGGUACGUGCUGACCCCCAGGGGCGACGCAGACACAGCUCUGAAACCUUCUCCUCCACCCCUGGAGGAGGCAGAACCACAAGCUCUAGCACAGGCACCAAUCCCCCCUCGGGCUCAGCCAACCCCUCGGCCCUCAACGGCGCUCUCCUGGCCGAGGGCUCCAAGUGGGCCAGCUCUGGCUCCUUUGACAGCGUGUGGAUGUGUGUGGAGGGGAUAGGGGUGGAUUUGGCCGGUUACCCUGCCCAGCCAGGGCCCUCUGAUCUGGGCAUGGACUCAGCCUCCUCUGGGGGCCCUCCUGGAGGACAUAUGUGCAGAAAUGUGUCUGUGGGGUAUCAGAACGGCCUCAACUACAUUGCCCUGGAGCUGAGAGAGGACCAGGAAUCUAACACACUCCCCAUAUCCCAGCAGCAGCAGGGGGGAACCGGGGCGACCCCCAACGCCCCCUCAGCUGGUAAUGUGACUGUGCCGGUAGCAGAGAACAACGGCGCCUAUGCCAGUAUAGACUUCACCAAGUCAGACGGGAUGACUGCCACGUUCACGGAAUGAAGCUGGAUGGAGGGAUCUGAUCUGAGAUAGUUAGAGGGGUGCACCCCUCUAACUAAGUCCCUCCACUACCACCCUUUGACCUCGACCCCAAGGCUGGCCCUCCGCCACCACCCUUCAAACUCGACCCCAAGGCUGGCCCACAAGGUCACGCCCCCUUUGAACCACAACAUCACGAAGACAGCAGAAGAUGAAGACUGAAGGCGCUUGCAUUUUAGUAUUUUUUUU